AAGCGGGGGAGACCGUAGGAUUUGCAGUCGGGCAAGCAGUCAGGCGAGCAGCCAGCCAGUCGGCCAACCCCCUCGGAGCACCGAGGAGCACAGGGGUGGCAGUUUUCCACACCUUCAGGGAAAGACAUACAGAAAUGAGAUUUUAUUUCUUCCAACAUUUUCUGUACGUGCUUUUGCCGCUCGUCGCUUUGACGUGCGCCACAGAAGCCAGCAGCCUUCGAGCGAAGCGUUCUGUCUUGAAUGAUAUCGGAAACACAUUGAACAACAUCGGGCAGACAAUCAAGGAUACCGUGAAGCCCGGAAUUGACUCCCUGUUCCACCAACAUUCGACCACCAAACCUGAGAGGAUUUUGUCACCGACCUUGGAACCGGAGUGGAAUGAAACGGAAUCUCGGCAAAUCAUAACUGCUCCUAUCAGAUGCCCGCCUAAUCAUGAAUUAGUUAAAAAUCGAUGCCGAUUGAAAGUUCGUUAACGACCAAAUUCUAUUUUCGAAUUUUCAAAAAAUAUUAGAUAACAUCCACAUUUUCAAUACAUCGGCCAAUCAUUCUUAAAUCUUAAAAUUUUAUGAAAUUCUUUAAAGUUUGUAGAUAACUAUUUCUAUGAAACUAAGAUUUAUCAUAAAUAUAUUAUUUUUUUCACGCAGUUAUGAUUUCAUUACAGUGUUAUCAUUAUAACUAACAACUGGAUACCUAAGGAAAAUUUAAUUAUUUUUAAUAUUAUUUUGAAGUUAUAACUUUUGGUAAUCAAUUAUUAAGACCUUUGUAGCGUAUAAAUACGCUAAAGUUAGUACAUAUAAUAGAAUAAAGUAUGACUAUAUCAUUCAUAUUAUAUUAUUUUAUGAUAUCCUUAUUAUGGCAUGUCAAAAUUGUACAUAAUAACAUAAUUUGAUACAUACAAUUGAUGAUAACAUCAAUAUCAAUUAACAUGCUCAAGUAAAUAUGUGUUCUUUAUAAAAUAAUCACAUAUCUGUUGCCAAACUUAUAAUGCACAAUUUCAUUAACGGUUUCGUUAACAUUUCAUAAUAUCAAGAAAUCAUUAUAUUCAUAUCACUGUUAUAUCAAGAAAAUUAUCAUGUUGACAUUGGACUAGAAUAAUAAUAUAAUGUUUAUAAUUAUAUAUUUUAUAAACGCGAGAUAAAAAAUAUUAUUCACUGAUACACUUUAACAAAAAUAUAAUUGAUUCUUUUCAACUAUUAAUGGAAUAAAAUGAUACCUACUGUUUAAUGUGCUAUUGUAUACUUAAGUCCCAGGACUUAAUUUAUUUUUAAAUAUAUUUAUUGUCAC